AUGUGUCCGUUGCGGCGGGCGCUCACUAUGUGGUCCCAACCGCCGCCUCCCGAGCCGGAGCUCGAGCCAACCUUCCGCGCCCGUGCCGCUUCCGUUGAUACUCACACCUGGUGUAGAGGAUGUUUCGGCGCGCGACAUAUAGCGAGAAUGGUGCGCAAUGAACCGCCAGAGUAUGGAGUCUGCGUGGACCCUACCUCAGCUCGCCCUGCCGGUCUAUGCGUCCGUGAUGAACCCCAGUAUCAAAACUUGGAUGAGCUGCGAAAGCGUCCCGAGUACGCUAACUUAGACGAGAUCAGUCGCGAGUACGGAUACCGACUCUGUCCGGAAGGUCAGAACCUCGAGGACGAGGCGAUCUAUGAAAACAUUUUGUCAGUGCGUCAAAUUCGUUCCGCGGAAGUGCGUUUAGUGCCGGUGUCGGAAGUACCAUACUACGAAGGUCAAGGUUACGUGGCGACUCAAGUUCUCAGCAGAAAUGGAACCUUCCCGCAGUGUCCACCGCACACAUGGAGCCGGCUUCAACACGCCGGCAGGAUGACGGGAUCGUUGAGGCUGUUCACUGUAAAUAUAAUUGCACCAAAUAUUUAAAUAUAUGACAUAAAAUUUUAUUCUCAAUACGAUUUCAGUCCGUUAUA